AUAUCGCUUCAGUUCAGUCUAGACAGCCAAGAGGUGCGCUGACUAACUCUUGUCUUCUUUCAGCAACCGCGUUUAGGGCCGUUAAUCGGGUUAGUUUUUCGUGAAUAAGUGUAUAGUAAAUGUGCUAACUUUGUGUAUAAUAGACAUUACCGUUUCUUCUACUUGAUGGGGAUACAUGAACCGGAAAAGCCUUGCGAUUGCAAAGCUGAUAACCCCGUGAAAAGUCACUCGCUGUUCUCGCCGCUCAAAAGGAAAAUGAAGGUCUUGAAGAAAAUCAAGCGACGCAUGGGACUAGCAUCGAGAUCUAGUUCGAAUGGAGGGGGCACUAACAAUCUACCACCCCUGCUUUUCCAUCAUGUCCAUGGAGACAAUAUCAGAAUCCUCCGAGAUGGAACAGUUGCGAAACGUGUUGAAAGUUUCUGCAAAGGCAUUUCAUUCAGUUCGAGACCAGUUAAAGUUAACGAAAAGAUUUGCAUCAAAUUUUUGGAAAUAUCUAUCAACUGGAGUGGGGUGAUCAGGUUCGGUUUCACCUACAACGAUCCUAGCAGUUUGAGAUCUGGCCUGCCCAAGUACACCUGUCCAGAUCUGACGAACAAACCUGGAUACUGGGCGAAAGCCUUACCAGAAAGGUUCUGCAGUCGCAACACUGUUUUAUUCUACUACGUUACCUCAGCCGGAGACGUCCACUUCGGCAUCAACGGAGAAGAAAAGGGCAUAUUCUUCAGCGGGGUCGAUACCAGAGGACCACUAUGGGCACUAAUUGACGUUUAUGGAAAUUCGACCGCUAUCGAGUUCGUUGACGUUAGACAUAACCUUAACAAUUCGCGACGAAAUGCAACCAAUAACAAUAACUGUGAUAAUAUUAACGAAGACGUUGAUAGACUAGUUUACCCCAUGCAACAAUGUAACAUACAACAGAGGGACAACGAAGACAUGAAUUUACCCGUGCUUCGUUACCAGUCGUCUUACAUCCCCUAUCAUCCGAUGAGCUUGCACAGAACCCGUGGGAGGAACGUCAGAUUCAACAGUACCAAAAACGUGGCGGAAAGAAUAGAUAACGAAUUCUGCCAGGGUUACGUCUUCACCGCCAGACCACUACAACUCGGCGAACGAGUGGUUUGUCAAAUUCUAAACACGAAAGCCAUGUUCCAAGGAUGUUUGGCGUUGGGUUUGACUUCUUGCGACCCGGCGUCCCUAAGAACCGCCGAUUUGCCGGACGAUUCCAAUUUUCUACUCGACAGGCCGGAAUACUGGGUGAUCAGCAGAGAUUUCGCGAGGAAUCUGAACCAAGGAGAUGAGAUUAGUUUUUGCAUCGCUUUGAAUGGCGAAGUACAGAUCAGUCGGAAUGGGGGAGCACCCUUAGUAGUUAUCCACGUGGACCAAAGCUUACAAUUAUGGGCAUUCUUCGAUAUCUUUGGAUCCACACAGAAAAUCCGUGUUUUCAGCAGUCCUUCACCUGUAUCUAUACCUACACAUCCCGUUCAGAAUAGUCACUGCAGAUUGAUGUCACCUACAUCGGCUUCAGAAUCAAUCAAUAGUUUGAACUCCCAGUCGGAACUCAGAAAUACAAUAAAUGCUCAAUCUGAACUCAGGAGGAGCUCUGUGCUGCCACAACCUUCAAAUGCAAGAAUAUUGAUAGCGCCACCUACGUCAGACGUUCAAGUGCAUCCAAACAUCAAUGGCGGCGCUAUGUUGACAGUUAUGCUACCGCCAUCUACCGCUCAUUUCAUCAAUCAGCCAAGUCAAGUACCUUCCAGUCAUCACCUACAUCAUUCUUCUCACAGUUCAGUACAUAGCCAAAAUAGUCAUCCUAGUCAACAAACGAUAAGUUGUGAACCACAUCCCAGUGUUGUGACCCCGCCUUCGCCAAGUAAAUCUAGUAUAACAGCACCGGUACCAAAUCUAACUGGCACUAUGGUAUCUUCAUGCAGCAGUAAUUAUAUCGAGCCAAUUUCCUCGGAAGCAAGCAAAUACUCAACUCUUGGAUGGUUGGAGCAAAAUGGCGCAGUUCAUGGAGCUGGCACGGAAUGCACCAUUUGUUACGAAAAUCCCAUAGACGCCGUUUUAUACAUGUGCGGACAUAUGUGUAUGUGCUACGAAUGCGCCCUCCAGCAAUGGAAAGGAAAAGGUGGUGGCCACUGCCCACUUUGUCGAGCAGCAAUAAGGGAUGUCAUCCGAACAUACAAAUCGUGAAAUUUCCAUCUGGAUUGAAACGAAAAUGGAAUGUCUCAGAAUCAAAUUCAUACACUUGUUCAAAAACAAACGGAAAAAUCAGACUUUUUGUUAUGUUGAACGGGUAUGGUUCUCCGUCCAGGCUGUCAAAAUCAUCAAUCUCGAUAAUAAAUUAUUAAUUUAGGUUGUGAGACAUUUCGUGAAAUCCUAAAUUAAUUCUGUGCUUCCUGAGGAAAUGAAAAUUCUUGGAGUUUAUAUUGAAAAGACUGAUUUUGUGGAAUAGUUUGUAUAUUGUUUUCGUAUCUGUUAUUGAGAUGUGCAUAGAUGACUUUGUGUAGCUAGUUGAUGGGAUCAUUUGUGCAGGAGUUGUCAGGUCUAUGUUUAGUCUCACGAAUAUUGUAUAUAGGUCUUAAAAUUGCUAUUCCCCCUUUUUUACCAUUCUUACACGGUUGUAUCGAAUAUUGUGUGGAUUUAUCCAGAACUUACUACCAAAGAUGCCAGGGCUUGAAUUUGGUCAGGUGUAAUUCAGCAGAAAAUUAGUCAGCUGCUGUGUCCCACAGUAUGUGGAUUUAGUCAACUAUUUUUUGCAGUAACUCUUAUUUAUAUUAUUUUAUUAUAGUUAGUUGAGUUUAUGUCCUUUAUGCACAUGAUCCUUGUUUCUAGGUGAACUGAAUUUUUUCCAUAUUUGGUCACCUUCCUAGAAAUAAGUAUUGUAGUGGAGGUGCUUUGUAUAAGUUAUUGAUUUUGUGUUAAACUUUUACUGUUAAUAUUUGAAAUCCCGAAAUUCAACACAUUCCUUAAUUUAUUUUUUCAUCUUAUCUGAAAUUCCUGGACCUUGUUUGUAUAUGGUUUUAACACAAAAUGUUAGAUUUAACAAAAUAGUAUUUCUAGUCAUCAGAAUGUGCUGCUGUAGUUCAGUUCAAAGUGUUAUUCUAAAAGAAAUAUAUUCUUCAAAUGAAUCAAAUGUUAAUUAUUACAAAAUAAAUAUUUAGUUAUGGAAA